CGUUUAUUCCCUCCAUCACAGUCAACAGCUGCUGAGCGGAGCGGGCUUGGCUCAUUCCACUGACCUGCCAGGAAGCAGAGUCCCAGAGACUGGACUGAGACAAUCAGACCUAAGCUCCAGAAGGAAGACAGACGGGGAUAGCAGCUGGAUGGGCUGUCGGUUACUCUUCUCCCUCCUCGGACUCUCUUAACAUCUCUUUUGAGCCACAGCCCCCAGAAUUCACCUGAAGGUGCCACCUCUAUCCCAAUCCCUGGGGCUUAAGCCCCCUUGGGGGACCUGCAUCCCAGCAUGUCUAUAGCUGUGGAGACCUUCGGCUUCUUCAUGUCUGCCCUGGGACUGCUGAUGCUGGGGAUAACCCUAUCAAACAGCUAUUGGAGAGUGUCUACAGUCCACGGGAACGUCAUCACCACCAACACCAUCUUUGAGAACCUAUGGUAUAGCUGUGCCACAGACUCCCUGGGAGUCUCCAACUGCUGGGAGUUCCCUUCCAUGCUGGCCCUCUCUGGGUAUGUCCAGGGCUGCCGAGCCCUCAUGAUCACCGCCAUCCUCCUGGGCUUCCUGGGCCUCUUUCUAGGCAUGGUAGGGCUGCGCUGCACCAACGUGGGGAACAUCGAUCUCUCCAGGAAGGCCAAGAUGCUGGCCAUUGCAGGGGCCCUCCACAUACUUGCUGGGGCUUGCGGGAUGGUGGCUAUCUCCUGGUAUGCUAUCAACAUCACUACUGACUUCUUCAACCCGUUGUAUGUUGGAACCAAGUAUGAGCUGGGUCCUGCCCUCUACUUGGGCUGGAGUGCCUCCCUGCUCUCCAUUCUGGGCGGCAUCUGUCUGUUCUCCACCUGCUGCUGCGCCUCCAAGGAAGACCCAGCCACCAGGGCUGCGCUUCCCUAUAAGCCUUCUACAGUCGUGAUACCCAGAGCCACCUCGGAUGAAAGCAACAUCAGCUUUGGUAAAUAUGGCAAAAACGCCUACGUGUAGGAGCUCUGGCCUGGUGGGCACCAUUUCUUGUCCCACUGUCCCCAACGGAAAAGUGUCCCCAGGACCCUCGGACCAGUCUCCAGUCAAUAACCUCAGGGCAGACCAUUUCCAGGCUCCAUAACCUGCUCUGGGUACACCUUAUCUGGCACUCCAGCCUCUCCCAGAAACAGAAGCUUCGGGGGGACUCGCAUGGCCUCCUACAGCUGGACCCAAGGGAACAGAGGCGUCUGCAGCUUGUGACACCAUAUAAAUACAUGCAUAAAUAAA